CUUCAUGGAGACCAUUGAUAGCAUGAGGUCACAGUCUCCACUACCAAGCCCACGAUCUCGCCGCCUCCUCUCCGCCCGGAGCUCCCCUAACCUGGCAAAGAGCGUUAGUCGGAGUGACUUCAGUGAUGAAGAGGAUGAUGAUGAUAUAAUGGACCUGUCCACUGUCCCACGUUCCCAUCCAACCCACCCCUCCCCUCUUGCCUCCCCUCACUUAUCUUACUCUCGUCUCUCCCCCACUCACAGUCAAGGCUAUAGCUCUGACGAGGAGUCACUCUCGCACACUCUCUUGUAUGAUGGACGUCGUAAACGCUCGAGCAAAAGGAUCCGUUAUAACAAGGCACUUCAUCCUCUUGUGAGGGUUGAUAGUGCUAGCAGUGACGAUGGCUCAUUCAAUGAUAAACACUUGCGUCAUAGUCUACUGAAAUUUGGUAAAGAUAAGCUCAGAAAAAUGCUACCAUAUCGGAGCACUCCUUCUACUCCAGCCGAGGGGAGUGGCUCUGAAAGCUUCACUGAUAUGUUUGUAUGAGAAGUAGCAGUGGGGGCGGUAGGCCGAGAUGCAAUUCAGCCAGAACUGAUAGUAGCCUGAGUGAUACUAACGAAUUGUGGUUUCAAAUCCACGAAAGACUUGAACUUAGUGAUGGAGAAGAACUGGAUAAACCUGAUGAGCCUGUUAGCGAUGAUAAAGAGGGCGUGGCUAAGAAUGGUCAAGCGCGUAAAAUGAACAGCCCCUUGACUGAGUCUGCAAUAUGCUGUUUGUUAUAGUGACCCCACCCACCCACUGGUGUCUCAUGUUUCUUCAUUAUAAUUAUGAUUAUGUAUAAUUAUCAGCAAUUUUUGUUCAUUUAUUAUUGAUUUAUUAUUAGCAGCAAUAAUAUUAUUAUAAUUAUAUCGAAUGAAUGAUCCACAUUAUUGAGAGCUUGAA